AUGCCUUCUAAGAAACAAAGGCAGCAUCACUGCCCGGUGUGUACGCGCGUGGGCAAUGUACGCUGCCUCAAGAAGCAGCACUGGCGCCCAUGCGAGAUUCACGGCAAAAGCGGCCAUCAUGGAGAUUUUUCGGUCUGCGUGAAGUGUGACGGAAGUGAGAAGCGCGCAGAGAAGGCAGAACGGAUUGAACGUCAGAAGGAGAGAGAGGAGCAGGAGAGACUCCGAAAGGAAGAAGCCGAACGGAAGAAACGCGAGGAGGACGAGGCGAAGCGGGCCGAGAAGGAGAAGGUUCGCCAGGAGAAGCAUCUAAAGCAUGAAAGUAAAGAUGCGAAGAAGGAGGACGAAAGUUGAAAUGUUGCGAGCAGGAAGGGGCAUAUGGGAUGACGCAGAAGAGGAGGAGGGGCAGAGAAGGCUUCUGGCAGAGAUGGAC